AUGCUUUCCCAGCCGAGCCAGUACCUUGCCGUUGCUCUCAGAAUGUUGGCCGCGACUGCUUCCGCAGCACCCCACGAGAUUGAGACUCUUCAGCAGCCCAAGGAAACUGGCGCCUGUUACAACUCCCGGUUUACCUGCGCUUUCCAGGGCUGCUUCGCCGGUUGGACUUGUGCCCAGCACCUUGGUGACACUUCCUACUGCUGUGUCAAGUGGUCAAAUUGA